AUCAACUGUGUGAUUACACACACAGAUGUUUGGUCAAGAUGAAUGUUGACGAUGCAGACUGUCAGAAGAGUUAUGGAGUAAAUGCGGCUUCACUGUUGACUGAUGUUUGUUAGCAACAACAAAAAAAAAACUAAUAGAGACAGAGGGGCUUGAUGUCGGUUUGCAUUAAGGUAACCACAUUAACCCCCAACACUGAGGGAUAACUUAGCCUUCAGAGAAAAUGAAUCCAUGUACAACACUACUUGUCACAAAUAUAAAAAUGUUGGCCUCCAUAAAAAUGAAUUACAAUACAUGACAACACAAAUUCUGCAGCUGUUUAUGGGGGUGGGGUGGGGGUGUUAGGCAGCAGCCUGAAAUCAGUCCAGUUAUUCCAAUCUCAACAGCUAUUUUCAACAGCUGAUUUCCUCAUGCUGGAGUUUCAAACAGAGAGGAGGAACAUAUGGGCCAGAUCCGAUUUCUCAUUGAAUAUUCCCGUCGUGAAUCGAGCCCUGCUGCACUGAGUGAUCGUGGUUCCCUGCUGUAUCAAUAAUACAGGAGGAAGUUAUUGUCCCUGUGUAGGCCACAGUAUCAUACAGCUAAAGCAAAAGGAGGGAGGAGCGGCGCUUUCACUCAGUCCUCUAGAGUUUCAGAGCUCGUAGACAGCGGUGUGAGACAGCGAAACGGCUUCUGCGACAUUUCACAGGGCUGAAUUGGGACCGAUGAGAAGUGUGUCUAAACAGUGACAGCCUGCACAGUCUUGCCCACCUGGCCUAGUUGGUAAGACUACACCCCCAUAGAUCCAGUACCACAAGCCGAGUGGCAGCUCAAUAGCGGAUUAGCCAGUGGGAGACAUCAGACGUUUGCAGGUCCAUUGUGUCAUUAACAUGAUCCAGAUUUUCACUUUGUGUCAGCACCUAGCUGAGUACUGUGACCUUCCUGUGACCUCAUAAUGGUCCAGAAACUCUGAACCAAGCCAAAGAGCAGCGCUUGCUUUCUGAUGUGAUGUAACGGCCAGGUAGACACGUGAACCCAGCCUGUUUUUAAUAAUUGCUUAACCACACUUCUUACAUUAUCAAAAGAUGGACAUCACGAUAACUUGAAAUAUGACACCAAGCGUCAACCUAAAACCCCAGAGACAAAAGAAGAAGUGCACAGGUGAAAGUACGCAGCGAGAGCCGGUGAGCACAGUGGGAGGGGUGAGGAAGAGAAGAGAGGAGUGAUGAUGAAAUGGAUGGAAAGAGGUCAGCUUUGAGCGCAUUUAUCUCAAGUCGAGUGAUGCUGCAAACACCUGGAAAGGAUUAUCAAAAGACUGAGAGGAAUGAAAUGUGGUGAUCGGAGAAAAAUGUGAGCACUGGCUCAGUGAGCAUAUCGGCAUGAGAUAAAGAUGGAAGAGAAAAAAACAGUGAUGUCUACCCUCAGUUUAACAUGCAUCAUAGUUUGUGCUGUUUUACUGCGACAAGGAUCCUCUGAAAAUACAGGGAGUAAAGAAGGCCACCGAGAUGCCAUUCUUAAGGAGCUGAUUUCUAAAUGGAGUAAAGGAGGUGGGUGGAAUCCUCAACAACCUUUUCCGAAAGCAAGCACGGACCAGAAUGAGCACCCUUUAAUGAGGAGCAUUAUGGGAAGCUUUAAGGCACUGGGUCUACUUUCUGGCAAGAACCUACCUUCUUUAAACAAGCCAAUUGACAGGCACCGUCUCUCUGGGUUUCUCUACAACAUCUCUCAGUACCUCCAAGAGAUGGGCGCUGAGAUUGAGGAGUCACCAACUGUGUCCGUUGAGGGGCAGCUGUGGGAGACAUUACUGCAUUACCUUCUCCAAUCUGACGGGACUGCCAUGGGGAACCCGUGGAAUGGCCGUGUGCCACCACGGCCCAGUGUGAAAGUGCAGGACUGGUUUUUGUCCCUGAGGGGAAGCCCUCACUGGGACUGGCUACUGGGGUUGUUGCAGAGUGUCAUCACUAUUGCAGAGCGCCAGAUACAUAAACCAUUUUUGGCUUUCGUAACACAGAACUGGAAAACAGUGAGUGCCGUGCUGGAAGCUGCGCUUCAGGUUCUGGUUAGUGGCACCUAUGGUCAGGCCAGUGCGGGUCUGCAGAGUUUCAUCUGUGCACUGAAGGGUCGUAGCGACUGUGCCUUCAAUGUCAGUUGGCUUCAGGAGCUGCUGCGUUUCCUGGAAACUCACAAUUGGAAGCCCGUAGUCAGUGUGCACCCACCAGGGGAAGGUGCUGACCCAAAUAAGGGCUCGGGUGUGUUUGGACGUUUAAAGCCUUUCAGCUUGCUUCCUGAGGCCAUGAGGCAAGAUGUUUUGUUUGGUAAUGUCUCCCAGAAUGACAUGACAGCUGCAGAGGAUGAAUCCAUGCACAGCUUACUCCUGCAGGCACUGUCGCGAUCCAGUGGAGGAGAUCGAGGAGGCCAUUUAGCCCAGAAGAAUCUGGCUCUUGUGCAAAGCUUGGAUGGACUAAGGAACGGCUUGUUGCAUACAAUCGGAAAUUCUGUCUAUGGUAACCUAAGGAGGAAAGUGUCACGGGUUACCAUGGCACUUCUUGAUGAUGUUGGCAGUCUGGUGGAUGUGCCACAACCCAAUGCACAAGGCCAGUGUCCAGUUGGUGACCUGAGACAGUUGAUGCUAUGGGGGAUAAGACACAAUGUCACAUGGAACACUGAGGAUCUGGGCUUCAGCUACCAGAAUCUCCCCAGCACACUUCCAUUCUUGUCCUGCCCCUCCACUGAAGGAGAUGAAAUAAAGUCUCGCCUAUCACAGAACCACUCAGCCCAUAAAGCAGCCCCAUCUCCACAGGCAACACCCAAACAGAAACAUCAGCAUGAAGCAUUGACUGUACCUCGCCACUCACAGCUCAGGCAGAAUGAAUUGGAGACUCAGAAUGAACUGGAGUAUUCCACCACAGAAAUCCUGGAGGCAGCGUGUAAUGACACCAUCCCAGGCUUGACCGGUGUCUCCAACUUCACCGUGUUUCUCUACUGUAAGCUGUUUGAAGGGGAGAACGGCUCAGUGGAUCUUGCAGAGAGUCAGAUUGACCUGCACACCACGUGUUCGGACGCGGCUUGGUACCUGUCUGCUGCCGAGGAGGACUUCCUCUGGGUCCAUGUAUGCAGUGAGUUCUUCGCCCAUGAAUUCAACAACACUGUGUGUGCCAACUCCUCUUUCUGGCACCAGAGAGUACAACAGGCCUCGAUGACAAAGAGUCAUCAGUUGUUUAACCAGUCUAGUAUCGAUGACUUGUGUGUGCACCUGACAAGAGACUCUGCAGGAGGCCCAGGACUGGAAAAGGACUGUGUCACUCAGUUGGCCAGUAGGACGCUCACUGCACAAGCUUUCAGGCGUUGCUUCCUCCCAAACAAUUCUGUCCUGAUUUCAGCGCUGUGCGUUAGAGAGUCACAUGACUCUAACCCCUCCUUCCCCGAAGACAGCUGGAUUGUCUCAUACUGCUCCAAAAUCCAUAACUUCUCCCGUGUAGAGGCCAUUGAGGAAAUUUGUCAGUACAGGGAAUGGCCAGUCCAACAUUUCUCCAACGCCACCCUCCUCGAGCUCUGUGGUCACACACAUGGACUGAGACAGUACAUCUGUCGAAACUCCUCACUCUACCAUCUUUUGAUAAGACGCACUCCUCAGCUCUCUGAUUUCUGUGCUGAUUUGCAGGGAGAACCGGAGGGCAAAAAGUGUUUUCUGCAGAGGUUUUUUGAAUUGCUCCCAGCACCGUAUCAUUUUGACACUUCACAGCUGUGCAUGAACCCGGCGCCACUGCUGGUGGACGUCCUGCACAAACUCAGUGUGUGUCAGCUGGAAGGAGGAGAGCGUGAGGGCUUUUUAAUAGUACUGGGGUACGUGUUACGAGUGCUGGACUUCAUGGUGGGGCUGUCCGUGGGUCUGGAUGAGGAGGAGAGAGAGGCAAGGCAAGGUUUGGGUCAGGCCAUCCUCCUCUCCAGUCUCCUUGACAACACUUCCUUCUGGGCCACACUGCAGCCAGAAGCCUCGGUGAGCGUCCUGCAGACUGUGGGAGUUUUCCUCCGCAGAGAGCAGAAUGCCACUCUCAAAGAGGACCUGCUGAGCUGCUUCAGUCCUGUUUUGUGGGAUCUUAUUGAGCGGAACGACAACUCUUCUGCUCUCAAAGUUCUGCUGCAGGAGUACCUCCAGAUGCCAAAAGACAGCAUCCGCUCUCUAGUGAUGUCUGCUGAAAAAGAUGCUGUUAAGAGGUUUCUGUCCCACGUGCAUCACAGUUGGGACCAGCUGCAAGUUGAAACUAUCCAGGCCUCUCAAAAAGAGCUGCAGGCCAUGGAAACAAUGACAGCCGCCUUCAUCCAUAAAUUCCCCCGUGUGACCCCGGAGCUUUUUGUGGACCUGUCACAGUUUAUUCCCUUCAUGUCUGUCUCUGACAUCAUGAGGUUCCCGGUCUCAUUGAUGACCAAUGACAGUGUGCUGACUGCCAUCCGUGAUCACAGCUCGGGAAUGAAAUCGCUGCAGAAAAAAGCCUUCGUUAAAAGACUCCUGCAGUCAAACUUGGUGGGUGAUGUUCCUACAUGGCCACCGUUCUUCCUCAGUUCCAUCCUUCCACUCCUGCCUUACCUCCCAGUCACUCAUUUUCAGCAGCUGACGUCACAACAGCUGACCUCUCUGGUGGAGAUGCUUGGCAACAGCAAUCUGGAUGCGGUGAGGGGACACCAUGUGCUCAGGACCUUGUUCAGCAAGAAAACCAACCUGACCAGAGAUAACGUAUUGAGGUUAGGAGUUCUAGCAUGUUACCUGGAACCACUGGACCUACGUUCACUUCUUCAGGACCCAAACGGCUCCUCUGCCCUCUGGCAUCAGCUGGCUCAGUGCAUGUCCGAGGGUCUCAUCAGUGCCAGCGGCAGGCUGUCCUCUUGGCUGACACCAGCUGUUGAGACCCUGAAUGUGAGCAGCAUGUCUCCAUCUGACCUGUCUGUGCUCAGCGCUCUGUUACCACAGUUAGGAGCUUCCUUCUUGCUGUCGUUACCAUUACAACAAAUCAUAGAAAUCCUCUCACAACCAGGACAGCACGAAUAUUCUCCUGCCCAGGCUUUUCAAAUAUUAUCCAAGAUUUCCAAGGACACCAAUCUGACAAUAGAACAACUGUGCACACUGAAGCCUUUACAUGCUGGUUUCUCCACUGCUGUGCUGAAAGACCUCCACUGGUCUGAGAUCAGCGAUGCUGCACGGUGCCACUGUUGGACAACUCUGCUAACUGAGCUAACACCUGGUCACAGAGCAAUUCUGUACAAUUCAGUGCCGGAGGCUCUUCAAACAGGUCUGCAGAACUUCACUGAAGAGCUUCGCUGUCUUUUACCAUUCAUGCCUCUGAGACAGCUGACAGAGGUUUUGAAUGCAGAAACACUCCUGAGAGACAUCACACUGUAUAGAGACGUACGCUGGUCCCCACAUCAGGCGCAGUAUCUGUUCAGGAAGAUCCAUGAUUUUAAAAAUGUUACCAGCAAGAUGGUGAACAGCUUGGGUCAUAUCGCCAGUGGAAUGAGUUGUGAGUUUCUGAGGCUGUGGAGUAAUGAGUCAGAUUUUGUAGAGCUGCUUGGCUCCAUCAGUGGGCUGCCUGGAGGCGUGAGGUCUGCACUGCGAAAAUGUAUCGUAGAAGAACUGCGGAAUCGACCUGACCUUGACCUCAGCGGUUUGAGCUCUGGGUUUGCAGCAACAUUACCAGUGACGCUGAUGGAAAACUUGCCAAAUUCAUCAUUAAGAGCUGUUUUGGAUCACGUUCAGGGACACUUUGCUGAUUUCCUUAAACUGCCUUAUUAUAAACAGAUUAAUUUAGCAGAGAGGACAUUUACUGAGCUGAAAACACAGGCACCUGGGAAGAUUGAUGGCUUUAAUCUGGAUUUGCUGGGGCCUUUAUUGCCUUUUUUGGACCGCGACAGUUUGACUAUGGUAGACAGAAGCUUGCUGGUCCUUCGUCUGGAAGAGAUGAGAGGAUUCUGUCUCCCAGUGCAAGUGCUAAGAGAUGUUGGGUCUCUGCUCACUGAGAACGAUAUGCUCGGCGACCCGUCCACGUGGGAAGCUGGGGAUGUUGAACAUUUGGGCAGGCUGGUGUUCUCCCUCUCAUUGAAGCAGAUUAAUUCUAUCCCAUUGAUCGCACUAAAUAAAGACACGGUGGAGCAGAUCCUGGUGGAUCAAAAGCACUGGGAGAACAGUUUGGUGGGCAGAGUCUGUAUGUCCCAGUGUAUGGACCAGCGUCGUCAAAGAGACAAGAUGCAGAGUCUUAUUCGAGGAAUUGUCAAGCACGGAGCACAAAGGCAAAAGGUUUUUGUUUGAAAUUUAGUGGUUGUUCCAGACUGUGCGGACGUCAGAGGAACAUUUCCUUCAGGUUGGAUGGCCAGUCAGCUGAGACAGAUGUCACCAGAAGAGCUGAAGCAGUGCGCAGAGGUUUUUGCUCAGGACCUGUCACUGAGCCCCCAGCAGCGCCGGGCACUGUGGGUGAAGCUCAGGGAGUACUUCAGUCCCGUGAGAGAGCUGAGAGCUGAGCAGGUGCUGGCGCUAGGAUCUGUGGUGACUGGAAUGGGUGAGAGAGAGCUGUAUGACACUGACCUCACCGAGCCUGGUGUGCUGGCACAUCUUGGGAUGCUGACAAACUGGACCCAUAAAAAGAUGAGAGCGGUGAUUCUGGGUGUGAUGCAGAAGCGCAAACAGAGAGUGGGAAACUUAAAGGCCAUUGAUCUGGCAACAUUUGGCCACUUGAUUUGUGGUCUGUACCCUUCAGAGAUCAACAAACUGGACCCGUACAACCUGAGUAUGGCCAUCUUGUUCCUACGGGAGAUGUCUCUGCCGUGCACAGAAGAGCAGAUGGAGGCGCUGACGAGCCGUCUGUCCAGACCGGCAGCCUUUGGUCCAGUCAGCACUUGGGGACCAGACAUUUUCACUGAAAUUGGGACACUGGCAGCGGGCCUGAAUGACAUGGCGCUUUCAGCUCUGGUGAAAGAACAAGUGGAGGGAAUCACGCCUGAAGCCAUCGCCCUCAUGUCACCCAAAAAGAUGGCAGUGGUGUUCAGUGCAGAUCAGCUGGCGUGGCUGAGCGUGGAGCAGGCGUGGGCCGUCACGGAGGAGCAGUGGGCAGAACUGGACACCGAGCAGAGGCACACUCUCACACGAGCUCGAUAUGAAGGAGACGAUCAGUUGGAGCUCAGAGGGAGAAAUUUGGCUCCAGGAACUCAGAACACAAACAGCCUUGCAGCAUUUUUAUUGGCGUUGUGCUUCACAUUAUGUUCAAUCUAAAAUGAACCAACACAUUUAUUUUUCCCCUUGACCUCCCACAGUAUUGUUAUAUUGUACUAUAAAUAAAUAUUUUGGACUUGUCUGUU